AUGGCGGCGGCGGCGGCGGAGGAGGCGCGGCUGCUGGCCUGGCUGCGCGGCCCCGCGGCGCCCGGCGGCCCCGAGCUCGCCGCUUACGUGUCGGAGCUGGCGGCGCUGGGGCUGGCGGAGCUGGGCCGGGAGCCGGCGCGGCUGGCGGCGGAGCGGGCGCGGGUCGGGGCCGAGACGCGCCGCCUCGCCUUCGAGCACUACCGAGCCUUCAUCCGCUCCGCCGAGUGCACCGGCCGCGCCGGCCGCGGCUUCGGCGGCAUCGAGAGCCGGCUGGGCAGGCUGCUGGAGCGGCUGCCCGCGCUGCAGGACGCCUGCCGGAGCUUCAUGCGCGAUGCCGAGGCCAUCGCCUGCAGCCGGCGCAUGAACAGCCUGACGCUGAACCGGCACACCGAGAUCCUGGAGAUCCUGGAGAUCCCGCAGCUCAUGGACACCUGCGUCCGGAACGGCUACUACGAGGAGGCCCUGGAGCUGACGGCCUACGUGCGCCGGCUGGAGAGGAAGCACAGCAGCAUCCCCGUUAUCCAGGGCAUCGUGGAGGAGGUGCGCCAGUCGGCCCAGCUGAUGCUGAGCCAGCUCAUCCAGCAGCUGCGCACCAACAUCCCGCUGCCCGCCUGCCUGCGCGUCAUCGGCUUCCUGCGCCGCAUGGACGUGCUCACCGAGGCCGAGCUGCGCGUCAAGUUCCUGCAGGCGCGCGACGCCUGGCUGCGCUCCGUGCAGGCCUCCGUCCCCGACCACGACCCCUACGUGCACCUCACCAAGACCAUCGAGGCCUGCCGCGUGCACCUGUUCGACGUGGUCACCCAGUACCGCGCCAUCUUCUCGGACGAGGAGCCGCUGGCCGAGGCCGCGGCGCCCGGCGAGGGGGCCAUCUUCCACAGCUGGGUGCUGCAGAAGGUCUCCGAGUUCCUGCGCGCGCUGCGGCGCGACCUGGAGCGCGGCGUGGGCGGCCGGCUGGACUCGCUGCUGGGGCAGUGCAUGUACUUCGGGCUGUCCUUCAGCAGGGUGGGCGUGGAUUUCCGCGGGCAGCUGGCCCCCCUCUUCCAGCGCGUGGCCGCCGACGCCUUCGGCAAGGCGGUGGAGGAGGCGGUGGAGAAGUUCCGGGAGGAGAUGAAUUCCUAUACCCUGAUCUCGGCUCCGGCCGUGCUGGGGGGCACUGCAGCGGUGCCGGUGCCCACAGCCCAGCCUGGCACGCUGCAGCCCCCCAUGGUGCUGCUGGACUUCCCACCCCUUGCCUGCUUCCUCAAUGGGCUCCUCGUUGCCUUCAAUGACCUGCGGCUCUGCUGCCCCAUCGCCCUGGCACAGGAUGUCACCGCCUGCCUGGACGCUGCCCUUGGCGAGGUGACCAAAACCAUCCUGGCCUUCCACCGUGCUGAGGAGGCGGCUUUCAGCGGGCGGGAGCAGGAGCUCUUUACCCAGUUUUGCACAGCAUUCCUGGAGGACCUGCUGCCCUACCUGAACCGCUGCCUCCAGGUGCUUUUCCCUCCAGCACAGAUUGCACAGGCACUGGGUGUCCCCCCGACGCAGCUGCAGCGUUUCGGCCGCCUGGGCCGCAUCGACGUGGCCGCCCUCAGGGAGCCGCUGGCUUUCCUCCUUCCGCCGGCACCGGGCGGGGAGGAGCCGCCACCGGAGACCGCCCCGGACGCGGAGAGGGAACACGCGGCCGUGCCCACCGAGCCCACCGAGGGUCCCUCCGGAGAUGCUGCGCUGCCGGGGGAGGGUGACCCGGUGGCCACGGGGUAA